UUCAAUUUUUGCUAGGGUUUUCCAGCUCUUGAAAAUAAGGAAAAGAAGAUGAAAAACCUGAAGCUUUAUUCGGAGAUAACAUCGAACCUUCAGUUACAAUCAGAAGGCGAAGUAUUACUGUUCUCUGCAUAUGAUAUCGAGAGAAAUCGCUUCUUCUUUGCUUCUUCCUAUAAUCUUAUUUACACACUCCAUCUUUCUUCUCUCCAAAAUGAACGGGGGUGGUCAAAAGCUCCGUUACAAGCUGAAAUCGAUCCAUUGGAUUUGGAGCCUGAGGAUGUUAUUACCUCAUUUGAUUAUCUUAUGGAGAAAGAAGCACUGAUAGUGGGUACUUCUUGUGGGCUUUUGCUACUGCACUCCGUGGAUGGAAAGGAAACAGAAGUCGUUGGUCGGGUCGACGGUGGAGUCAAGUGCAUUUCACCUAGUCCGGAUGGAGACUUGCUUGGCGUAACCACGGGUUUCAGACAAUUACUGGUUAUGACUCAUGAUUGGGAUUUGUUGUAUGAGACUGCAUUGGAGGACCACCCUGAUGGAGUUGACGUGUGUGAACCCGGAUUUUCAUCCAGAGAAAUGUUUGGAAGUCCCAUCUCUUGGAGAGGUGAUGGGAAGUACUUUGCCACUCUAAGCGAGGUGUUGAAUUCAUCUUCUUCAAAUAAGAGGCUUAAGGUCUGGGAGCGGGAUGCUGGAACAGUACAUACUUCCUCAGAGCCAAAGGAAUUAAUGGGGUCUAUUCUGGAGUGGAUGCCUAGUGGAGCGAAAAUUGCUACCGUUUGUGACAGGAAGGCACAGAAUGAGGGUCCAUCAAUAGUUUUCUAUGAAAGGAACGGAUUAGAGAGAAACUCAUUUAACACUGGUGAACCAGUUGAUGCAAGUGUAGAACUUCUGAAGUGGAAUUGCAGUUCUGAUCUUCUUGCGACUGUUGUCAGAUCUGGAAAUUAUGAUUCUCUUAAGAUCUGGCUUUUCAGCAACAACCAUUGGUAUCUAAAGCAUGAAAUCAAAUACCCAAGGAAAGAUGGAGUUCGAUUCAUGUGGGAUCCAACAAAGUCACAGCAAUUAAUUUGUUGGUCUCUUGAUGGGCAGGUCACAGUUUUCAAAUUCAUCUGGGUAACAGCUGUCAUGGAUGAGUCAACAGCCUUAGUUAUAGAUGGCUCUAAGAUCCUUGUGACCCCCCUCUCUUUGUUCUUAAUGCCGCCUCCGAUGCAUUUAUUUAGCCUUAAUUUCCCAAGUGCUGUUCGAGAAAUGGUUUUUUAUUCCAUGGCUGGUAAGAAUCGCUUGGCUGCGUUUUUAUCAAAUGGCUGUCUCUGUGUUGCAGAGCUUCCUAUGCCUGACACUUGGGAUUCUCUGGAGGGCAAAGAAUUUAGUGUGGAACUGUGUGCAUCUGAAACGCCUGUGGGUUCCUUUGUACAUCUUACAUGGCUGGACUCACACCUGCUUCUUGCUGUUUCUCAGCAUGGAUUCAAUCACAUCAAUUGUUAUUUCCAAACCUCUUCAAAUGAGGAUAGUCUUCUUGGUUUCUAUUUGCAGGAAAUUGAGCUUGCUUGUUCUGAGGAUAGCGUCCCAGGUCUACUGACUUGCUCUGGCUGGCAUGCAAAAGUUUCACAUCAGAAUUUGUUGGAAGGACUUGUAAUGGGUAUUACUCCCAAUCCUGCUAAAAAAUGUUCAGCUUUUGUCCAGUUUGAUGGUGGAGAAGUUUUUGAAUAUACAUCUAAGUUGGGAAUUAACAAACGGGAUUUUAAACAUGAUGAGUUAAGGUUUUUUUCAUCUUGCCCCUGGAUGAAGGUGGUUCUAGUUGGUGCAACUGAACCAUCAAAGCUUUUGCUUUUUGGUCUUGAUGAUAUGGGGAGGCUUCAUGUUGGUAGGAAAAUACUAUGCAGCAACUGCAGCAGUUUCUCAUUUUACUCUAAUUUAGCUGACAAUGUAAUCACACAUUUGAUUCUUGCAACAAAACAGGAUUUGCUCUUUAUCGUGGACAUCAGUGAUAUAUUGCAUGGAGAAUUAGAAUUAACAUAUGAAAACUUUAUCCAUGCUGGUAGCAAACAAAAGGAAGAGGAGAAUAUUAACUUCAUAAAUAUUUGGGAAAGAGGUGCCAAAAUCAUUGGGGUUUUACAUGGAGAUGAAGCUGCUGUCAUAUUGCAAACAAAUCGAGGAAAUCUGGAAUGCAUCUGUCCGAGAAAACUGGUGCUAGCCUCAAUUGUCAAUGCUUUGAACCAAAGGCGCUUUAGGGAUGCACUUCUUAUAGUGAGGCGACACAGGAUCGAUUUCAAUGUGAUUGUUGAUUAUUGUGGAUUGCAGGUGUUCAAUCAAUUAGCUUCAGAGUUUGUCAAGCAAGUAAAAAAUUUGAGUUACAUAACUGACUUUGUUUGUGCAAUUAAAAACGAAAAUGUGAUGGAGAAACUUUACAAGAAAUUUCUCUCUUCACCAUGCUGCAAGGAGCAAAAGGAUCUAUUAACCAAUGAGUUCAAGGGUUCUGGUGCUAGUUUAGAUGUGAAUAACAAGGUAUCGUCAGUGCUUCUGGCCGUAAGGAGCGCUCUUGAGGAACAAGUAUCUGAAAGUCCUGCCAGGGAGCUCUGUAUUUUGACCACUCUAGCUCGUAGUGAACCCCCUGCUCUUGAAGAGGCUUUAGAGAGGGUAAAGAUAAUCCGGGAGAUGGAGUUAUCAGGUUCUGGUGACCCAAGACAAGUAAAUUGCCCUUCUGCUGAAGAAGCUCUGAAACAUCUUCUGUGGUUAUCAGAUUCAGAGGCCGUCUUUGAAGCUGCUUUGGGCCUUUAUGAUUUGAACCUUGCAGCUAUUGUGGCACUGAAUUCACAGCGAGACCCUAAGGAAUUUCUUCCCUUUCUCCAGGAAUUGGAGCAUAUGCCUAUUCUCUUGAUGCGCUAUAAUAUUGACCUUAGGCUACACAGGUUUGAGAAAGCUCUCAAACAUAUUGUAUCUGCAGGUGAUGCCCAUUUCUCUGAUUGCAUGAACCUUAUGAAGAAAAAUCCUCAACUUUUUCCUCUAGGACUUCAGCUGAUUACUGAUCCUACUCGAAGACGGCAGGUCCUUGACGCUUGGGGAGAUCAUCUCAGUGAUGAAAAAUGCUUUGAAGAUGCUGCUGCAACUUACUUGUGUUGCUCCAAUUUGCAAAAGGCUUUGAAGGCUUAUCGUGAAUGUGGUAACUGGAGUGGUGUGCUGACAGUUGCUGGGCUGUUAAAGCUGGAAAAGAAUGAAGUAAUGCAACUGGCUCAUGAGCUUUAUGAGGAACUCCAAGCCCUUGGUAAACCUGGAGAAGCUGCCAAGAUUGCAUUGGAAUAUUGUGGAGAUAUUAAUGCUGGAAUUAAUUUGCUAAUCAGUGCAAGGGAUUGGGAGGAGGCGUUGAGGGUUGCCUUUUUGCAUAGCGGAGAGGAUUUAGUCUUGUUGGUGAAAAAUGCAGCACUGGAAUGUGCAAGCAGCCUAAUAGAUGAAUAUAAGGAAGGGCUGGAGAAAGUGGGGAAAUAUUUGACUCGCUAUUUAGCUGUUCGGCAAAGAAGGUUGCUUCUUGCAGCAAAGCUACAGUCAGAGGAAAGGUCAAUAAAUGACCUCGAUGAUGAUACUGCUUCAGAAGCUAGUAGUACAUUCAGUGGAAUGAGUGUCUACACCAGAGGGACAAGAAAAAGCUCUGCUGCUUCAACUGCCUCAACCGCAGCUAGCAGGGCAAGAGAUACUAGGCGUCAGCGAAGUAGAGGAAAAAUUCGUCCGGGCAGCCCGGGCGAGGAGAUGGCUCUUGUAGAACACUUGAAAGCCAUGUCCCUAACAGCUGGAGCAAGGAAGGAACUAAAGUCGUUGUUGGUUUCUCUUGUAAUGCUUGGCGAGGAAGAAACUGCUCGAAAGGUGCAACACGUGGGAGAGAACUUUCAACUUUCUCACAUGGCUGCAGUCAGACUAGCUGAAGAUACAUUAUCCGAUGAUACAAUAAAUGAGCAGGCACAUACUUUGGAGCGAUACCUACAGAAAGUGAAAACGGAACAGCAGGAUUCAAAUGUUUUUUCAUGGUGCAGUCGAGUAUUCUUUUCUCCUUGACAGGCCCAAGGGGAUGUAUACACCCAAGCUGCUGUGCAUUUUGAGAUGAUGAGAGAAGUCGGGAGAUAGCAGUCACUGAUUAUUUAUUCCAUGGAAGUAGCUUUCUAAAUCUUCCACCCUUCAUUUCUUUGGCAUUAGAAACUUUAUUGGAUUUUGCAUUUGUUCCAUCUGCUUUACUUAAUUAUGUUUUUGCUUAAUUAAGCUUUUAUUUA